AACGCCCUCUGUCUUGUAUUCCUCAUCUGAUUUAUUCCCAAAUUCAUCAUGGCCGGGCAAGAGGACCCAGUCCAGAGAGAAAUCCAUCAGGAUUGGGCGAAUCGAGAAUAUAUUGAAGUGAUUACCAGUAGCAUCAAGAAAAUAGCCGAUUUUCUGAAUUCGUUUGACAUGUCCUGCAGGUCUCGCUUAGCAACCCUAAACGAGAAACUGACAGCCUUGGAGCGGAGGAUUGAGUACAUUGAAGCCAGGGUUACAAAAGGAGAAACUUUGACUUAAGUCUCCCUGAAACACCCGUCAGAGGACAAUGAUGGCCACAUCCCUUCUUCUCCCUUUUCAUUCAGUAUAAUGUUUUUAAGCAAAUGUCAAAUCAACUGACUGUUUUAGAUUCACAGAGAAUUAUUUAUGGGACCAUUGUGAUACCUUCUCCCUGCAUUUAAAUUUAUUUCACGUUUAAACCAGCAAAAAAGGCUGAACCGAUGCUGUUUUGAUAAAGCUUUUGAGUGUUACUGUUUGGGGGGGGGGGGGGG